CAACACACAAGGAGUAUAUUUUGUUUCAGAGAGAAGUGGAGAGAAGAGCAGAGGAAGCUCCUACCCAAAAGAUCACAACUCGCUGCUCCAACAUAUAAGACACCAUGGACUCCACAGUGGAUCUGUUCUUUGAUCCAGAUUUGUGGCAGAAUGAAAGCUUCCUGUUCACCACGAGGGCUGCUAACACCAGCUUUGUUUAUACACCUAUGAUGUCACCGGUAAUGGACAAAACCAUCAACAUAAUUUUGAUCAUCAUCUUAACCAUCACCAUGGUUUCACUGGGAUGCACCAUGGAGGUGUCGAAGAUCAAGCAUCACAUAUUGAAACCUAAGGGGGUGGCGAUAGCAGCACUGGCCCAGUAUGGUGUCAUGCCCCUUACAGCCUUUUGCUUAGCUAAGGCGUUCCAGCUGCCUGAAAUCACAGCUGUGGUGGUUCUGAUCUGUGGCUGCUGUCCUGGAGGAAGCCUCUCCAACAUCCUGGCUCUGGCUCUGCAGGGAGACAUGAACCUCAGCAUUGUGAUGACUUGCUCGUCCACUGUGAUGGCUCUGGGCAUGAUGCCUCUGCUGCUCUACCUCUACUGUCAGGGCUUCCAUGACGUGCAGAACUACGUGCCCUACGUUGACAUCAUUAUAGCGCUGGUCAUGAUCCUCAUUCCCUGCGCCGCAGGCAUCCUCAUCAACUACUACAGGCCGCAGUACGCCAAGAUCAUCAAGAAGGCAGGCCUCACUAUGUUGAUGAUUGCCGUUGUGGUGGUCGGCAUCCUCUCCAGCAUUGGAAUCGGAGGCUCCAUCCUCACUGUGCUGUCUCUUCCCCUCAUGGCCAUCGGUUUUCUCAUGCCCCUCAUAGGCUACACCUUCGGAUACAUCAUCUCUUCUCUCUUCCAACUCAACCAAUCGGAGCGGAGGACGGUUGCUAUGGAAACGGGCUGUCAGAACAUCCAGCUGUGCUCCACCAUCCUGAAGGUGGCCUUUCCUCAGGCGAUGAUCGGCCCUCUGUUCCUGUUCCCCCUGGUGUACGCGUCCUUCCAGCUGCUGGAGGCGCUGGUCCUCAUCGUGCUGUUCAGGUGUCACCAAUGGAUCACACUCAGGAAGAAAGAGAAAUACCAGCCUGCAAACACUGAAAAUAAGCCGAAAGCGCCCUCUGAGGAUACGAAUGUAUGAAGGAUGGAUCUCAAAUGCAUCCCAAUUUGUUUCUACCACUGUGAACUCUUGCUGAGCCUGGUGGAGACAGAGAGCUCCUGCACUACGUGAAACAGGAAAAGACUUAAAACUGCAGCCAUUUUGUGCAAAGUCAUUUGAGAGACUGCAAGUAUUUCCUUUAAUUACAUUAUGAAUCGACAGCUUGUACAUUUAUUUGUAAGCAUUUAAUUAAACAGAACUGAUGAACACAACAUUCAUGAUUUAGUUAAAACUGUUUUAUUGUUUAAUUAAGUCCACUGUCUUCCUACACCAUACAAACGUCCAUCAUGUUUUCCACUGAAAAUAAAAUCCCUAUGUACAAAAAUGUUGCAUUUUCCAAAGUCUAA